AGCGAAGAGCAGGUGGUGUUUCAUCUGAAAAAUGCUUCUUCUUGCAGUAGUACUGAUUUCCGUGUUAUUUAGGAGUCAGGCAACUCGUUUCGAUUAGAAUGGCUGAUGGGACUUUCCAUACAUGCGGUGGAACCAUUAUCGGGAAAAGGUGGAUUCUGACCGCCGGUCAUUGCUUGAGCACGGGACUGAGUUCAAUCAGGUUUGGCACGAUCGUUAGAAACGAAGGAGGUUUUGAAUCGGAACGUGAUAUUAAGAUCGCUAAGCAAAUUAGUAAUCCAGAUUACUUGAAUGAUUAUAUGUGGGGAGAAUGGAUCAUUGAAAACGAUAUAGCACUGCUUGAACUCGCUGAAGAUUUGCCAUACGGUCCAACAGUUCAGCCUGCGACAUUGCCAGAACAAGACGCUUCUGUCCCAAUAAACCAAAGCGCCGUUCUUAUUGGCUGGGGAUACUUAAGCGGCUUCAGUGUGGAAAAACCCGAAAUCCUCCAGAAAGUUAAUUUGACUGUUUACGGAAACGACUACUGCGACAAAGUUUUGACGGUUCCCUAUAACGAUACCCAGAACUUAUGCGCAGGGGUUGACGCUAACGAUAAGGGACAGUGCACCGGAGAUAGUGGUGGACCAUUACUUGUGAACGGUGUACCAACAGGGAUUGUCUCCUGGUCCGUAAAACCCUGCAUAUCGGCUCCAGGGGCUUUCACUAAGGUAUCCUAUUAUAGGAAUUGGAUAAGAAACGUAACUGGAAUCUAGAAUGUCCUCGAUCAUCAGUAUCAGAGUACUAAGACCGAUAUCGUGAAACGGGAAUUUUCGAAACGAAUUUGU